AUGGCAUCUGAUACACUUGCUCAAGUCAUCCAGUGUUUAAAGAAGUUACCAAACACACGUACAGAUGAAGAUUUGGGUAUACUGUAUUCCUAUCUUCAUGGAGUCGAGGCUCUCUCAGGAUUGAGAGAGCAUGCACUCCAGAGCUUGUGUUCAAUGGUUCGUUAUGAACAUCAUGAGGCCAACGAUAUAAUUUAUCACCAAGGCCAGCCGGCAACUUGUUGGUACGUCCUCCUGACAGGCUCCGUGUUCAUUGAGGGUUCUAUGUUUCUGCCCGGCAGCAGUUUGGUUGGCAAAGAAUCUCCCCAACUUCACACAGGUACCGCCAUUUUCCUAUGA